AAUGGCUGAACUCCCCCGCUCUGAAAGCGGUGACACAGCGGAAUAUUUAGCUAAAAGGAGAAUACCAGAGUUAUUUCAGUACUUGACUGCUGCUCUGGUAUUCAAAAAGCCAGACUCUCCAGUAGAUUUUUUGAUCAAAUGCGUUGAAAAAUUGAAAGCAAUGGGUGAUGAUAAUAUUUUUUGGGAUACAUUUAUUAAGGAUGAUAAUUCUGAGACCAUAUCGAAACUACAUAAUGAAGAGAGUGGUGAUGAAGAGAUGAAAAAUUUAAAGGAGACGAAGAAAACAUCAGAAAAAAAAUUCCCACUGAUCAAUGAACCAGUUGAAGACAUUAUUGAUAGUACAACUGUUGGUAAAAAACAAGAAGAACAACAAAUUGAACUGUCGGUGACUGAACCGGAAAUAACGCAAGCUACUGCAAAAAAAUCGAAAAAAAAGAAAGAACUAUCUAAAUUAGUUAUAACAGAUGUAGAUACAAGUAAGACACCGGUAGUGACACCUACAGAACCAUUAACAGCAGGAACAACAGGAUUUAUGCUUAAUAUGGAUGAUAAAGUUUUAAAUGACAUCCAGAGUGAUGAGGAGACUGAAGAUACGUUUGAUGAUAUGGAACCAUACUCCCUAGAUGUUAUGAGAAUUUUGAGAGGGGAUGUUGACAGCCCACCAUUUAUGCCUUCAAAUGUUGUCCGGAUAUUCCUUAGCUCAACAUUUACUGAUUUCAAGGCGGAGAGAAAUAUUCUUCCACAAAGAGCCUAUCCUGAACUCCGAAACUACUGUUCAAACAACGGCCUCGACUUUCAAGUUGCCGAUAUGAGAUGGGGAGUUACUCAAGAUAUGGUUGACGACCAUCAAGUUACCGAUUUGUGCCUAAUGGAAAUAGAAAAUUGUCAAAAAUUAUCUGUCGGACCAGCAUUUGUAACACUGAUUGGAAAUAGAUAUGGAUUUCAACCUUUUCCCCAUCAUAUAGAAUCUACUGAGUUUUCAAUCAUAAAGGAAGAAGCUAAAAUUUUAUGUCCUGAUGAUGUUGGUCUCCUGGACGACUGGUUUAAGGAAUGCACAAAUACGAUUCCACCAGUUUAUGUACUUCAGCCGAUUACUUCCAGACUCGAACACUAUAACAACCUCGAUUCUGACAAGGAAAAAGAGCGAGCGGAACAUAUUGCGAAGUGGCAGGAAGUAUUUAAGAAAUUACGGUCUAUAUUACGUCAAAGCGCACAAGCAGCUUUUGAUAAAAAACUUUUAGAUGAGAGUAACAGAAUUAGGUAUUUUCUCAGUGUUACGGAAAAUGAAAUUGAAAGGGGACUUCUUAACGUUGAUAAUGCCGAUGAGAAAUCUCUCUGCUAUGUCAGAGAACUUCAUGGACUAAAGGAGAAUAUUGAUUUUUCAACAGCUUCCAGAUUCAUAGAUAUUGAUUCUAAUAAAAGAGUUCCGGAUAAUAGUUCUUUGCAUUUUAGAACUAAAUUAGCUACUGAAAGAAUACCUCUCAAGCUCCAAGGAAAGAAUAUUCGUGAAUAUAAACUAGCUUGGGACAAGUGCUCUCUGGAAGAUUGUCAACACGAAGAACACGGAAACUACCUGAAAGAAUUCUCUGAGCAUUUCAUAAAUGACCUCAAGACUCUCAUAGAAAAGAAAUUAAAGGAUGAGAAAAUUGCUAAAUCCUAUCCUGCAGUUUAUCAAGAGGCUCUUCAUCAUUCUAAAUUUGCCAAUACCAAGUGCGAGGUAUUCUUUGGAAGGGAAGAAGAGAUUGAGGAAAUUCGUGAAUAUAUUCUUCGAAAAGGUCAAUCUCAGCCUUUAGUUGUUUGUGCACCUUCAGGAUUUGGCAAAACAGCUUUAUUGGCCCAUAUAGUUCGUCUAAUACCCAAAUGGGAAAGUGUUUAUCCCAAAACUUUCGUCAUACACAGGUUUCUUGGAACAUCAGCAUCGAGUUCUUCCGUUUUGUCAACGUUAAAGAGUCUUGUUGAACAGAUAUGUGUAGUUUUCAAAAUAAUACAGCCUCCAGAAGAUUCCUUACAAACUAUGAGUGGCAUAAGAUUCGAAUUUCAAAAACUGAUUGCCUUCAUAAAGAAGAGGAGAUCAACAGUCAAAUUGGUCAUUAUUUUAGAUUCAAUAGAUCAGUUAAACAAUUCGUAUGGUGCACAUUCAAUGGCAUGGUUGCCAAAAAUGUUUCCAAAAAACGUCAAAGUAAUAAUAUCGGUUCUGUCCGAAAAUACGACUCUUGUUGAAAAUGUCCGGAGAAGAUUAAACUGUAAAGAUUUCGUCUCAUUAAGGCCUUUAUCGGCCAAUGUUGCUUCAGACAUUAUUACGGCCUAUUUGGAAAAGAGGAAAAAGACAUUGACUGAGCCACAGCGUAACCUUAUUUUGAAAGCAUUCGAGGGAAGCAAACAACCUCUUUUUCUCAAAUUAUCCUUAGAUUAUGCCAAAACCUGGCAUUCUUAUGAUCCAAUAGAAUCAAUCAAAAUAUCUGAAACAGCUAACGAAGCGAUAAAAUAUUUAUUUGAUGGAGUUGAAAGGAAGAAUGGAAAAUUAUUAGUGGCCAGGUCUAUGGGCUAUUUAACUUGUGGUAGACAAGGUUUGAGUCCUAUUGAAGUCGAAGACGCUUUAUCGUGCGAUGAUGAGGUUCUCAACGACGUCUACAGAUAUCACGAUCCGCCCCUUGAAGAUGUUGUUCGAAUACCGUCUCUACUCUGGUCUAGAAUUCAGCACGAUCUUAGAGAAUAUCUUGCUGAAAGAAUGACUGACGGAAAGACUGUUUUAGCUUGGUAUCAUAGGCAAUUUUUAGAGACGGCUUUCAAUCGAUACGUUAAAGAUAGGGAAAUAGAACUUCAUUCCAAAUUAUCUGAAAUUUACAUUGCUGAAAGUGGAAUUAGAAGAUCAAUACAAUUGGAAUGGAGAAAUAAAAAGUUACUUAAGGACGCUGACAGGCAAAUUUCACACCAACCAACUUCGAUUCAUAAUAUUCGUAAAUUAAACUCUUUACCGUAUCAUUUAUUGAAAUCUAAUCAGUUGGAACAACUUAAAGAGAAAUGUUUGUUAAAUUUCAAUUUCUUGAGCACAAAACUAAAAUGUCAGCCACUUUAUGAUAUAUGUCAAACUUAUGAUACAUUUCUCGAUGUUCAGAAGGAUAUUGAGGUUAGCUAUAUGAAAGAUUUCCUUCAGCUGUCCUACGGCGCCCUCCUUCUCGAUCCCAGUUCUUUCCCGCAUGAGAUUUUAAAAAGACUGUAUAUUAUAUCUCAAACUCAUCCUGGAAUAGCAAGCAUACUGCAUAGCUGUAAAAACUUUAUGCAGAACACUAGCGAUCCAGUGUUGGUGCCUAUAAACAACAUCAGAGGUCAAGGUCCCGAGAGCCCAUUAAAGUUCAGUCGACUUAUUGGGAGUAUUGGUAAAACAACUAGAGACUUUCAAACAUUAGUUGCAUUAAGAAGUGAAAUAACUUCAACAGUAACUCAACUAACAAUAGUAAAUAGUAAUAGAGAACAAGUGGCAACAAUUGAUUUAAUGAAACAAACUCUAUUUAUAACAACAAACAAUUGCCGUUAUCUUAUUUACGCAGAAAUGAAUAAGGUAAAAAUUUAUGAAUUGGAUACUGGCGAUUCGUAUAAAAUUACAAAAUAUUGCGAACCUGCUCCGCAAGAUAGAAAAAUAACAGUAAGAUGCAUAACAAUUACAAAGGACGAUUCCAAAUUAAUCAUGGGAAUAAGACUAUUCGAAGGCGGUCACACUAAUAAAUCUGGCAGUUAUACAUCAAGAAUAUUUGUAGUCGAUUUGGAAGAAGAUACCAUAUUGCAUAAUGUAAAAUUUAAAGCAAGAAAACAUAUAGAAAAGUGCAUACUAGUGAAAGAAGAGAAAUGGCUAUUAACUAUUUCACAUGACAUGAUUUAUUUAUAUGAUUUAGAAAAAAUGGAAAUUCUAUAUGAGAAACAAAUGAUCGAUUUAAAUGGAUCUUUAUUCGAUGUCAAUUUUUCUAACGAUUCCCAAAUUAUUGGAGCUCUUGGAGGUUUCAAAAAAUAUGCUAAAAUUCUUAUAUUCGAUUGUGAAACUAAAACAUUCACUAAAAGUGAAUUAACCCAACCAAAGAAUGUAGAAGAAGGAAAUGAUAAAAAUAAUAUAGCUCAACCACUUGCUGUUAAUUUUAAUAAUGAUGCAUCCACCAUUCUAAUAGUUAGUCAAUUUAAAUCCACUGAGAAAAAGCCAUCUUACAUUUGUAAAUGGAAUAGAAAGACUGAUGAAUACUCUAUGGAAUUGUUAAAAAAUUUAGUUAAAAGUCCUACCAGUUUAAUAUCAGUAAAAGAUUUUACUUAUUGUUUAAUUGGUUUUCAAUACGGAGCAAUUAUUAUUCUUUCUAUUGAAAGUUUAGCUCAUAUUCGAAAGUUUAAGGCUCAUAAUCAUACCAUUACCAGUUUGUCACAGUUUGGUGAUAAUUCUAUUCUAAGUAUGGGACAAGAUCAGUAUAUGAAAAUAUGGGAUAUUGAUAAUUUAUUAGAGUCCUCACCCGCUAAAGGCAAUAUUGACAAUCAAGAUGAACUUAACUUGGAUAUAACAAGUAUUAGUGCUGAAAAUAUUUUUCAGGAUGGUAAGAAGGAAGAAGAAUCAAAAGAAGUUCCAGAGGGGUCCAGUUCAAAUGAUGAUAAAGAUAAUGAUGAUAAGGAGAAAGAUGAUAAGGAGAAAGAUGAUAAAGACAAAGAAGAUAAAGACAAAGAUUGUAAUGACAAAGAUGAUAGACACAAAGAUGAUAAAGACCAAGAUGAUAAACACAAAGAUGAUAAAGAUAAAGACGAUAAAGAUAAAGAUGAUAAAGAUAUUGCUGCUCCAGUCGAAAAAAAGCCUCUGGUUAUAAGAGAAAAGUUAAUUGAUGUAAAUGAAGAUUUUCUUAAGUUAACCUCCACAAAAACACAUAUUAUUUCUCUGCCAAGUUCUUUUCCAGCUGGUCUUCGCUUCUGGAACUUUGAUGGGACUAUCGAUGAAAAGGUUUCGUAUUCAUUCACCGAAACGUAUCAACAAUCUCUUGAAAACAAUAGUUCAAUAAAAUUCAAACGGAAGCCGGGAGCAAAUGUAACAAUUGUUGAUAAAUAUUUUAUUGUUAAUCAUUUUAUAAGAGAUGAGCAAUCAUUCUAUAUAAGUUUCUAUGAUACGGAGGCAAGUAAGUGGACAGUAACUGCUCAUAAAAUGCUGCAAGAUUCAUAUUUUAAUAUCAUCUACAAUGAUAAAAUCUAUCUUAUGAGAGAAGGUUUAUUGGAAAUAUAUUCCAUACCGAACUUUGAUUUAAUAAAGUCGAUAAACAUUCAUAGUUUAAAAAUGGAUCUACCAACAUUUGACUCUUCUGGAUCUAAGAGAAAAUUAUCCUUCUAUAAGAUUGGAAUUACGGAAGACGAACGUUUUUUUAUUAUUUCCGUUCCCAUGGGCCAAAUUAAGAAAUAUUUCGAUCUAAUUGAUAUAGAAGAAGGACACUCAAAAAGAUAUCUUUAUACACAAGGUGUAAAUUACAGAAGUUUUGAUAGUGGAACCUAUUACCUCUGUUGUUUGUCAGGCGAUAAAAGUUAUGAUACAAUUUCGAUUGGCCUAAUGCGAAUUAAAAAGGACAAAAUGGAUUAUGUUUGUAAGAUAUAUUCCGGAAGGCAUAGCAAUCAUCACACCAAAUUAGGUUCAGUAGCUCAUAGAAACAACAAGCUUAUUUUAUACGAAACUGAUAAUUUCACAAAGAAAAUUUCAUUGAAAGGCCACGCAAGAGAAGUUACCGAUACCAUUAUUUUCAAUAAUGGAAGAAAUAUAAUUACAUAUUCUGUUGAUAAUACAGUGAGAUUAUGGAAUAUUGAAACAGGACAGCAAAUAUGUAGUUAUAACGCCGCUGGUUCUGUUGAAAGUGUUGAAAUUAUUAAUAAUAAUAAAUACAUUGUUGUUAGCAGCUACAAUGGACCAAUGAAAAAGAAAGCUACUAUUCUAGAAAUGAAAAAUAUUCUUUCAAAACAGUGUUGA